GUCCUGAAUGCAGCAUUUCGGGAACGCCCCGCUGUUGCAGUUUUUAAGUCCGUUUGAAAACCUUUCCUCCUCCAGAUUUCAAAAUGGGAAAGCUGGCAUACAUUUCACUUUUUGUAGCUGCCUUGUCGGUGCUGUUAGGAGAGAGAUUUAUCAACCUCAGGAAAAGGUGCCUUGCUACUAGAGAGAUCAUCCCGAAACACCUCCCCAACUGUGUUGCACUCAAAAAUCUGGAUUAUGGAUCGGAGGAUAUAACGAUCCUGGAAAACGGGCUUGCCCUUAUCAGCACUGGUCUGAAGUUUCCUGGACUGCCUUCCUCAGAUGUGCCUGGAAAGAUAUUUCUGCUUGAUCUACAGGAUUCUCAGAUGAAACCAGUAGAGCUCCGCAUGCCAAGGAACUUUGAUCUUGACUCUUUCAACCCUCAUGGCAUCAGUGUAUACAUCGAUCCAAGUGAUAGCACAGUCUACCUGUUUGUUGUCAAUCAUCCUCAACAUAAAAGCCAAGUGGAGCUAUUCAAGUUUGUGGAGGAGGACCGUGCCCUAGAGCACCUGAAAACCAUUAAACAUGAACUUCUCUACAGCGUAAAUGAUAUUGUUGCAGUGGGAGUGGAUAGCUUCUAUGCAACAAAUGAUCACUAUUUUAACCAAGAAAUCCUGAAAGUAUUUGUGGAGCCUUUACUGCCUCUGACGUGGGCUAAUGUUGUGUACUAUAGUACUGAGGAGGUAAAAGUGGUCUCUGAGGGUUAUUUCUUUGCAAAUGGAAUCAACAUGUCACCAGACAAAAGGUAUAUUUAUGUCGUAGAAUUUUUUGAUCAAAAAGUGCACGUGUUGGAGCGGAAAGAAGACAAUUCAUUGGCCAACGUCAAGUCUGUUGCUGUGGGUACACUCUGUGACAACGUCGAGGUUGACCCUGAAAAUGGUGACCUUUGGUUAGGCUGUCACCCUAAUGCAUGGAAGGCUCUCAUGUUUGACCCCAAAGACCCACCAGGAUCAGAGAUCAUCCGUAUCCAGAAUGUUCAUUCUGAUCAGCCUGUGGUUACACAGGUGUAUGCAGACAAUGGACAUGUGAUCAUGGGCUCUUCAGUAGCCGCUUCGUAUGGAGGGAAGUUGCUCAUUGGCUCUGUGUUCCACAAAGCCUUGUGCUGUGAUUUACAGUAGACAAUGAAAGCAAACACUGCCACUCACUUUAACACAUGAGAGGGGGAAAAAAAAAAUCUCAAUUCAGGUGUUUAAAAGGACAAAAAAAAAGGGAAAACAAAUAUUUGUAUCUGUUCUCAACUGGGACAGUUUAUACUGCACUGCGUUCAGCCUACAAAAGUGGUAUUAGACACAGAAAUGACUGAACUAUCAAGAUAUUUGCUUCACUGUUAAAUAAUUGGAACAAUUAUGAAAAUAAUGUUUUUAAUUUGAUAAUUUGUGACUGUCUGUAUUUGGCUUUAAAUAAAAGGUGAAAUGUGAACUUUAAUAAAUAGAUUUGUUGUGGUUCCACAA